AAAGCACGGAGGCCCACUCGCCGGAUAUCCACACAGAAAGCAGCUCACUGGUUUUGUGGAUUAUCCAAAGCCACCCCUUCCCUCCCUCCCCACCACCACCACCACCACCCAACCACCCAAAGAAUAAAGAAAAAGAAACCACCCCCAGAAGUAUCUCCACCCCCGAAAAUAUCCAACUUCAAUUCAAAGAUGAUAAACCUCUCAUCAGCCCACUCCCCCGCCCCAACCUUCCUCUGUUUUGCCCCAUCCUCUCCAUGCCCCAAACCCCCCGCCAUCUCCUUCUCCCUCCUCAAACCCUCCUACUCCCCUCCCCCCAACCUCCAAUCCCUCCUCUACAUCGGGCCCCGCCGCCGCCGCCGCCGCCGCCGCUGCUCCCCCUCCGCCCCCCGGGCCAUCGCCGCCCUCAGCCUCGAGGGCACCCAGUCCGUCCUGGAGGCCGCCUCCGUCCUGGCCGCCAUCAUCCUCGUCCACGAGUCCGGCCACUUCCUCGCCGCCAGGCUCCAGGGCAUCCACGUCAGCAAGUUCGCCAUCGGCUUUGGCCCCGUCCUCGCCCGCUUCUUCGCCGACGGCGUCGAGUACUCCCUCCGCGCCUUCCCCCUCGGCGGCUUCGUCGGCUUCCCCGACGACGACCCCGACAGCGACAUCCCCACUGACGACGCCGACCUCCUCAAGAACCGCCCCAUCCUCGACCGGCUCCUCGUCAUCUCCGCCGGCGUCGCCGCCAACAUCGCCUUCGCCUACCUCAUCGUCUUCACCCAGGUCCUCACCGUCGGCCUCCCCGUCCAGGAGACCCUCCCCGGCGUCCUCGUCCCCGAUGUUCGCCCUGGCUCCGCCGCCGCCCGCGAUGGCCUCCGCCCCGGCGACGUCAUCCUCGCCAUCGAUGGUGCCCCGCCUCCUUCUGUGUCGGACCUGGUCGACAUCGUUAAGAUGAAUCCAAAGAGGAGCGUGGCGAUCAAGGUGGCGAGGGAUGGAAUACGAUCCUUGGAGCUCAAUGUCGUCCCCGACGAGAGCUCCGACGGGACCGGGCGGAUCGGCGUCCAGCUGUCGCCCAAUUUCAGGCUCUCCAAGCUCCGGCCGAGGAACCUCGCGGAGGCUACGACGUUCGCCGGGAAGGAAUUCCUGGGGUUGACAUCCACUGUCUUGGAUGGAUUGAAGCAGACAUUCUUGAAUUUCUCGCAGUCCGCGGGGAAGGUUUCGGGCCCGGUGGCCAUAAUUGCGGUCGGGGCCGAGGUCGCCAGGUCCAGCUCCGACGGGCUGUUUCAGUUUGCGGCUGUUAUCAAUCUCAAUCUUGCGGUGAUCAACCUUCUUCCAUUGCCGGCGCUCGAUGGCGGGUCCUUGGCUCUUCUGCUUGUGGAGGCUGCUAGAGGUGGGAGGAAGAUUCCCCGGGAGGUGGAGCAGCGGAUCAUGUCGUCUGGGAUUUUGCUGGUCGUUAUGCUCGGGCUCUUCCUCAUUGUUCGCGACACUCUGAAUCUUGAUUUUAUCAAGGAGAUGUUGUGAUUAGAGCUCUGGGAUGGGGACUCAGAAAUCAGAAGGUCGGAGGUUAUCAGACUGCGGAUUUACAAUGCUCGGUUUGCUGAAAAGUGCUGUCUACUUACUCAAUAGCACACUUCGGGGCUGUCUGGAUGCUUGAAGAUUUUAUCGGUUCAAUAAGAUCUUCCGGAGGGUUGAUACAUUAUGUAGGAGAAGCACAGAGAAGUGAAGCAAUUGAGCCUCUGAUAUCAAGAUUUUUAAGAAUAAUCAAAACCAUUUCAGAGGUGUUUUUAUCUGAUCCAGGGAAAAUGACAUUUUGCAUUCGAACAUGCCCUGAUCUCUUGAGACUCCUCUCCUUUUCGCUGCAUUUUCAGAUGAUGAAUUUUAUGGUGACAAAUAAUCCAUGGAUAGUCGACUCCAGCAUCCAAACAGCCCCUUCAGCUAAUUACAAUGCACUCUGCUGUUUAUGCAGAAUAGCUACUUCAAAUUCAUGAAACUUUGACUUGAAAAGGACUAGUGAAUUAUGUAGUAAUCAUCAUAUAUGGAGGAUAAGGAUUCAUUCCAUCAAUGAGGAUGUGAAUUUGUGAGUAAA